AUGUUCCCGAUCCGCCGCGUUGGUAACAAGAUUUUGGAGCAAUGGCGGUCGCCAGUCGUAACUGCCGUGAAGCCUCGAAAGAGCUACAGCACGGAGGCGUCACCCCGCCCAUUGACCAUGUUGACAGAUGACGAGUUGGCCAUGAAGGAGACAAUCAGAAAACUGGCCACUGAACAGAUCGCACCCCUGGUCAAGAAGAUGGAAGACGAGCACAAAAUCGACGAGGGCAUCAGGCAGAUGCUCUUCGACAAUGGGUUAAUGGGGAUCGAGACGCCGGCGGAGUACAGUGGCUCGGGUUGUGGGUUUUUGACGAUGAUGCUGGUGGUGGAAGAGCUGUCCAGGGUGGACCCGGCGGUCGCGGCCUACGUGGACAUCCACAAUACCCUGGUCAACUCCCUCUUCAUGAAGCUCGGCACGGAGGAGCAGAAGAAGAAGUACCUGACGAAACUUUGCACGGAAUACGCCGGGAGCUUCUGCCUCACUGAGCCCACUUCUGGCUCCGACGCCUUCGCGCUGAAGACCGUCGCGAAGAAGGACGGCAAUAGCUACAUCAUCAACGGCUCCAAGAUGUGGAUCUCGAACUCCGACGUCGCGGGGGUGUUCCUCGUCAUGGCGAACGCCGACCCCAGCAAGGGCUACAAAGGGAUCACGUGCUUCAUAGUGGAGCGGGACACGCCGGGGCUGAGCGUGGCGAAGCCCGAGAACAAGCUGGGCAUCCGCGCGUCCGGCACCUGCAUGGUGCACUUCGACAACGUCAAGGUGCCCGAGGAGAACAUCCUGGGCGAAUACGGCCACGGGUACAAAUACGCUGCCGGCUUCCUAAACGAGGGUCGAAUCGGGAUUGCCGCUCAGAUGGUGGGUCUUUGCCAGGGAUGUAUGGACGCCACGAUUCCAUACACCCUCGACAGGAAACAGUUCGGGAAGAGCAUUUACUCGUUCCAGGGCAUAAGCUACCAAAUCGCUCACCUGCAAACCGAACUGGAGGCCGCGCGACUGCUUACAUACAACGCGGCAAGACUGAAGGAGAACGGACAGUCGUUCGUGAAGGAAGCAGCCAUGGCCAAAUAUUUCGCUUCGGAAAUUGCACAAACUCUGACAUCGAAAUGCAUCGAUUUUAUGGGAGGAGUCGGCUUCACAAGAGAUUUCCCCCAGGAGAAAUUCUUCAGGGACGCUAAAAUCGGCACCAUCUACGAAGGCACCAGCAAUAUGCAACUGCAAACCAUUGCCAAGCUCAUCGAAAAGGAAUACAAACAG